ACCGAAGACAAGUCAGAUCUGAUUCGAAUUCAUUAAAGAUGGCAUGGAAGAACAGAGGCCUAAAGCAAAUAUACAGAUAUCUUCUCUUAGAGAUUUUAUUUCUGCCAUGUGGGAUGAUGAGUUCUGUCUUAACUGUGAAUGGUGAAACUGAGAACUAUAUCCUGGACACUCAGCUUGGCUUACAAGAGUCUCUAGAAUGUGCUGUUCAAAACCACACCAGAGAGGAAGAACUUCUCUGGUACCGAGAAGAUGGGAUAGUGGGUUUGACAUUGGAAAACAAAAUCAACUCCAGCUCUGUCUGUGUCUCUUCCAUCAGUGAAGAUGACAAUGGAGUCACCUUUACCUGCAAGCUACAGAGGAAUCAGUCAGUGUCUAUCUCGGUGGUGCUGAACGUUACCUAUCCCCCUCUCCUAAGUGGAGACUACUUUCAAACAGCUGAGGAAGGCAGCAAUGUGCAGUUGGUUUGCAACGUGAAAUCUAACCCCCAGGCUCAAAUGAUGUGGUACAAAAACGGUGUCAUCCUGAAUUUAGAGAAAAACCGUUACCAGAUACAACAGACAAGUGAGUUUUUGCAGCUGUCAAUCACCAAUGUCAAGAAAUCUGACAACGGAACCUAUAGCUGUAUUGCAUCUUCAUCUCUAAACAUGGAAACCAAGGAUUUUCACCUGAUUGUUAAAGAUAAAACUACACCUGUACCGACAGAAGCCAUUAUUGCUGCAUCUGUUGUGGUCUUUCUGACAUUGUGCUUUGGACUAAUUGCCAGAAGAAAAAGAAUAAUGAAGCUCUGCAUAAAGGAUCAAGACCCUCAUAGAGAUACAGCUCUAUGAGAAAGCUGAGAUGCCAUCCACUACAGGAAUAGUUUGCAUCAGGACCUCCUUGAUUUAUGUUGCCACACUUUUAUUGCUCUUAUUAAAUUCACUCCUGUCAAAUUGUUAGAGAUUAUGAAGAAGUGUUUCAUUAGUCCCUUAACUGUAGUUGUUAUGACUAAUCUGAUAUACUUACGGAACAUUAUGAUGGAGACAACUGUUAAGAAUGAAAAAAUAAGAUUUGUUAACUCUUCUCCUGAAAGGUUACACUGAUUAACUGAGAUUCAUUCCAAAUAGGUUGGUAACCUUUUACCAUUCAGUGUGUAUUUUUCUAGGUUGGAGAUUAAUAGACAUUUGGGUUUUACAAAUCUAUUCAAUACCCCUCCCCACCAAAAAAUGGAGGGGAACAACAGAGUGAUCAACUUUUUAAGUUUCCAAGGAACCACAUAAAAAUAUCUAUUGUCAUGUACCUUCAGUAUCAUUUUAUGAAAGAGAUUUUAGGACCAAAAAAAGAGAAGGAAGGACAUAA